GUUAUCUGCAAUAUCAGUAAUGAAAGAAAUCGUGUCUUGUCACUUAUAAUAAUAAUUUAUAUUAAUUUUAUCAAUUUAUUAUUUCACAUUGUAUUAUUACAUAAACAAUAAUAUUUACCCUGUAUUAAAGAAAUUAUAAUUAUGGUACAAAAUCAAAUAUUUGAAACUGCGAAACCUUCCACUUACCUAUAUCGCCAAAAUGUAAAACCAAUGAAAAGUGUUAAAAUAUCAAGAAGUGGUGUAGAAGAAAUAACUCCAAAAAACUUGCAACGUUCAAUUCGUGCAAAUCCAUCGAACAAGAAAAAGAAUAAUAUAAAAUCAAAUGUUGUGAAAGGAAAGAAGAAGGAAGAGAAUGGGGAGAAAGAAACUUCAAAUCCUGAAAAAGAAUUGAACAAGGAAGAGAAUAAUGAGGAAGAAAAAAAAUUAGAUGUUAAGAAAGAAUUGGAAAAAGAAGAAGAUAAGGAAGAGAAAAAGGUAGAUGUCAAAGAAGAACUGGAAAGGGAAGAGGAUAAGAAAGAAAAAAAAUUAACUAUUAAAGAAGAAGUAGAAAAGGAUGAACAGAAAUUAGAUACUGAAGAAGAAUUGAAAAAAAAAGAAACUACUGUAACAUCUACCAAAGAAAUCUUUAAGAGAAGAAGAAUAGAGGAACGAUUGGCGAGAGAACGGAAAGAAAAAGAAGAAAGAGAAAGAUUCGUAAAGGAAGCUGCUGAGAAAAAAGCAGCGGAACGGGAAGAGAUAAUAAAACAAGCAAAAAGAUUCAUUCUUUACAAAAAACCGAUGUGCAGACAAAUUAAUCAAGGUCUUUUGAUUUCCGAGUGCUUUAGAGAAUUGGAUGCUCAAAUAAAAUUUCGAGAAACUCUUAAAAAAAUAGAUAAAGAUGAGGAAAAUGCCUAUGUGAAUAAAUUGAGAGAGGACAUAGCAAAGUACGAAGAAGAAACGAAAGAAAAGAUGGAAAAGCAGAAGGAGAAAAAAAGAAAUUAUGCUUCUGAAUUAAAGAAACAAAUAGAAGAAAUUAAAAAUACCGAGGAAACAAAGAAGAAAAAAAGAUUCGAACUUGAGAAACAAGAUCAAAUAAAUAUGAACAAAUUUUUGCAAGAUAUAAAGGAAUACGAAGCACAACAACUGCAAAACAAAAAAGAGAAGCUAAAACAAUUUUUCAAAGAAGCUAUAGAGGAUAAGAAACAAUUCGAUCUCGAGCUUAAACACGAAGACGAAUUUGAGGAUCGAGCAAUUGAGAUCUAUCGAAAUGCUCAAAUACGAAUUCAAAAGCUUCAUAAAUCGUUAAAAUUAAAAGAGAAAGAAGAGAAAGAGCAGCACGCCCAACAGAUAUACGACCAGUUCGAUAAGUAUCGUAUCAUUUUGAAUGAAAAAUUAGCUAAUGAGCAACGACUUAUAAAAAAAGCUCAAGAAGAGCAGGAGGAAAAUUAUCAGACGAAUCAAAAGAUACGAAAAGAAAAUCGUGAAAAAGUAUUAAAGGAGAUAAAAGAUUUUCAAACGGAACGUCUAAAUACAAAGUUGAAAGAACUUCAAGAAGAUGAAGAUAUGAAGAUGUGGGAAAUGAUGCAAAGGUAUAAAACUAAUGAAUUCGAUAGGGAAGUGGAACUCGAGGAGCAAAAGAAGAAUUGGAACAAAAAGGUAGAAUAUGGAGAAGAGAUAAAGAAAUAUAUUAGCGAGAAAGAAGAGGAAAGAAGACAAGCGAAACUUGACGAAGAUGAAACUCCAAUUGUGAAAAAGAUUAUCGAUAUAGAGAAUAAAAAGAUUAUAGAUUACGCGGAAGAAGUUGUAAACGAAUCUAAAGGAGUGAGACCGCUUUAUCCAAUUCUUAAGGCAGUGAAGAAAUGCAAAGAACAAAUGGGCUUAUUAUCACCGAAGAAAAAAGAAGAAACAAUCGUUACGAAACCUAAGAAGAAACGAAAAAUUCAUAGAAAUGCAAAAUUUGUUCCCGAGGAAAAAAUCUGUUAUGUGUAACAAAUAAAUUCUAAUAUUUAAUUUUAUCCCUAUUAAUUGAAAAUCUAGUAAAAUAAUAUUUACUUCUGUUUAC